AUGACAAACGCUAUUGGUAUUGAUUUAGGAACAACUUACUCGUGUGUUGCACACUUCACAAAUGAUAGGGUAGAAAUUAUUGCCAACGACCAAGGUAAUAGAACCACUCCAUCAUAUGUUGCAUUCACCGACUCAGAAAGAUUAAUUGGUGAUGCUGCUAGGAAUCAAGCAGCCAUGAAUCCAACCAACACUGUUUUCGAUGCUAAAAGAUUAAUUGGUAGAAAAUUCGCUGAUGAAGAUGUUCAAAGCGAUCUUAAGCACUUCCCAUUUAAGAUCAUAGAUAAGGCAGGUAAGCCACAAAUCCAGGUUGAAUUUAAGGGGGAAGUUAAGACUUUUUCACCAGAAGAAAUUUCCUCAAUGGUUUUGGUUAAGAUGAAGGAAACAGCCGAAAGCUACUUAGGUGGUGAAGUUAAGGAUGCGGUAGUUACAGUUCCAGCUUACUUCAAUGACUCGCAAAGACAGGCGACGAAGGAUGCUGGUUUAAUUGCGGGUUUGAAUGUUACAAGAAUCAUCAAUGAGCCAACUGCAGCUGCAAUUGCAUACGGUUUGGACAAGAAGGGAUCAUCGGCCCACGAAAAGAACGUUUUGAUUUUCGAUUUGGGUGGUGGUACUUUUGAUGUUUCUUUGUUAGCCAUUGAUGAAGGUAUUUUCGAAGUUAAGGCCACUGCUGGUGACACACACUUGGGUGGUGAAGAUUUCGAUAACAGAUUAGUAAACCACUUUGUAAACGAAUUCAAGAGAAAGAAUAAGAAGGAUUUGUCUACUAAUCAAAGAGCAUUGAGGAGAUUGAGAACUGCUUGUGAAAGGGCUAAGAGAUCUUUAUCAUCUUCAGCUCAAACAUCGAUUGAAAUCGACUCGUUAUUUGAAGGUGUCGACUUCUACACAUCUAUUACUAGAGCUAGAUUUGAAGAAUUAUGUGGUGAUUUAUUCAGAACCACCAUGGACCCUGUUGAAAAGGUCUUGAAGGAUGCUAAGGUUGAUAAAUCACAGAUCCAUGAUAUCGUUCUUGUUGGUGGUUCUACAAGAAUCCCAAAGAUUCAAAAGUUAGUUACUGACUUUUUCAACGGUAAGGAACCAAGUAAGUCUAUUAACCCAGAUGAGGCCGUUGCGUAUGGAGCUGCUGUUCAGGCUGCCAUCUUAUCAGGUGACACUUCAUCUAAGACUCAAGACUUGUUGUUAUUAGACGUUGCUCCAUUAUCAUUAGGUAUUGAAACUGCUGGUGGAGUUAUGACUAAGUUAAUUCCAAGAAAUGCAACAAUUCCAACAAAGAAGUCUGAAACUUUCUCUACUUAUGCUGACAACCAACCAGGUGUUUUGAUUCAAGUUUUCGAAGGUGAAAGAGCCAAAACUAAGGAUAACAACUUGUUAGGUAAAUUCGAAUUAUCGGGUAUCCCUCCUGCUCCAAGAGGUGUACCACAAAUUGAAGUUACUUUUGAUAUUGAUGCAAAUGGUAUCUUGAAUGUUUCUGCCUUAGAAAAGGGUACCGGUAAGACUCAAAAGAUUACUAUUACUAACGAUAAGGGUAGGUUAUCCAAGGAGGAAAUUGAAAGAAUGGUUUCAGAGGCAGAAAAAUACAAGGAAGAAGAUGAAAAGGAAGCCGCAAGAAUUCAAUCUAAGAACACUUUGGAAUCUUACACUUAUUCUUUAAAGAACACUAUUGAUGAUGGUGAAAUGAAAGAUAAGAUUGGGGAAGAAGACAAAGAAAAAUUAUCGAAGCAAAUUGAAGAAACUAUCGCAUGGUUGGACUCAUCACAAACAGCGACACAGGAAGAGUAUGAUGAUAAACAUAAGGAGUUAGAAGGAAUUGCUAAUCCAAUUAUUUCUGCUGCCUAUUCUGCUGCUGGUGGCGCCCCUCCAGGUGGUGCUCCUCCAGGCGGCAACCAUCCAGGAAGUUUCUCUACGGAUGAAGCCACUGGUGGUGGAGCUGGUGGUGACGGCCCAACUGUCGAAGAAGUCGAUUAA